GGCUGGCUUUCGGGACGCUUUAAAAAAUUUUGGGGAAUUUUUCCAAGAAGAGAAAAUGAUACGGACGGAAACUGAGAAGGAGAUUCCCAUGUGUGUGUCUCUGCCGAUUGAAGUGACGAGUCCUGACCAGGCGUUUCCUUUCCUGAACACCACGCUAGCAGACCUGGGUAUUGAUGAAUCUGCAGUGAAGGAGCGUGUGGUGUGGGUGGACACCAAGCGCACACAGGUGAGGAGCAAAUCAGGAAAACUUAAGGAGAAGGAGGUGUCUGUGCUGGAGAUACGAGUGAAAGCACAGCUGCCCGGUCAAACCAAAUGCCAGGAGGUUCUCUACAGCACCGAGUCUCACACGGACCGCUUAUACUGUCGCAGCGGCAUCACCUUCCUGCCAUGGACACACACUCAGCCAGUUGACAGUGAGAUGGUGGAAAUGACCCUGGCUCUGGACACACAAUCCCACACCACAAAGAAGUCGUCGGAGGAGAAAAUCUCAGUGGAAUAAACAAACAUCAUAACGCACAACAUUUUUAG